CUACGGAUGACGUCGUGUCACUACUCCGCGCGGUGACGUCAUCACUCUCGCCCGACGUAAUCGCCUUUUGGUGACAUCACGAUCUCCCUUUCGGCCGCCAUCGCUGAGCGCACCAGCAGCCGCCAUGAAGCUGAACAAGUUAGUGACGUCGUCGCGGCGCAAGAACCGCAAGCGGCACUUCAACGCGCCGUCGCACGUGCGCAGGAAGAUCAUGUCGUCCCCGCUCUCCAAGGAGCUGCGGCAGAAGUACAGCGUGCGCUCCAUGCCCAUCCGCAAGGAUGACGAGGUCCAGGUGGUGCGCGGUCACUACAAGGGCCAGCAGGUGGGUAAGGUGGUGCAGGUGUACAGGAAGAAGUACAUCAUCUUCAUCGAGCGCAUCCAGAGGGAGAAGGCCAACGGCGCCAGCGUGCACGUGGGAAUCCAUCCCAGCAAGGUGGUGAUCACGAAGCUGAAGCUUGACAAAGACCGCAAGAAGAUCCUGGAGAAGAAAGGCAAGUCCAGGCAGCAGGGCCAGGACAAGGGGAAGUACAAGGAGGAGACGAUCGAGAAGAUGCAGGAGUGAGGACAAACAACCUCGUCCACCUCUUCCUCCUCCCCCCACUUGCCCGCCUGCCCCGGCAAUUACAAUAAAAACAUCGUUGUUUCACAAGAA